CACAGGGGAGCACCACAGUCUGUGCUGCGUAAAAGCGCAAGCCAUCCAAUCCAUUGACACUUGGCUCUAUAAAAACGCAGCGAGCUGUCAGUGCGCGUGAAGCUACGCACGGACAACAGAUUUGUGCGGGAAAUAUCAUUAAAAUAUGGUUGAACAGCCUCUCAUAGUCAGAUAUAUUGAAACAGAAUUAAAAGACCCCCUUGGUCUUUAAUACAACCGUUGCAAUGUGCGCGCAAAGACGAUUUUGUCCGCGGAAAGCUAAAAUGGCAAUGACAGACAGUGGAGACGGGGCAUGUUGAAAUGAUAAGAUUCAGGAAUGAGUGACACUAACAGGAUGGAAAAAAUACUCUAAAAACGAACAAUGCAGAAGACUUCUGAGAUGCACGACGAGAGCACCGACUACGCGUCUGGAAGUCUGCCGUUAAGUGAUUACAACACGAGCUUCACGGCGAACGGGACUAAUAUCUCGUGGAGUGACUUUCAGGAUCUCGCCGAUUUGGAUAAACCCGAUUUUAUGGGAGACGGAUCCGCGGUCCUGAGGAUCAUCAUCUCCGUCAUAUACUCGGUUGUGUGCGCGCUGGGUUUAAUCGGGAACAUCCUCGUCCUGUAUCUCAUGAAGUCCAAACAAGCAUGGAAGAAGUCUUCUAUCAACUUUUUCGUGACCAGUUUGGCGGUCACAGACUUUCAGUUUGUGUUGACGCUUCCCUUUUGGGCUGUGGAGAACGCCAUGGAUUUCACUUGGCUGUUUGGGAAGGCGAUGUGUAAGAUAGUUUCUUAUGUCACGGCUACGAACAUGUACGCCAGCGUGUUUUUCCUCACGGCUAUGAGCGUCGCGAGAUACUGCUCCGUGGCUUCGGCGUUAAAAAGUAGGAGACGCCGGUUGCGUUUUCCCGCGCAGUGGAUGACUGUAGUCAUUUGGAUUGCAGCGGUCGGUGCCGCUCUGCCGAACGCGAUAUUUUCAACGACCGCCACGGUUUCCAACGAAGAACUGUGCCUGGUGAAAUUUCCCGACCGGAGUGGGGAUGCGCAAUUUUGGCUGGGUUUAUAUCACGCGCAAAAAGUACUUCUGGGGUUCCUCAUUCCGUUCGGAAUAAUCACGGUCUGUUACCUGCUUCUCCUGCGCUUCAUAACGAACAAAAACGUGAACACCACCAGCGCUAAGAGGCGAUCUAAAGUGACUAAAUCUGUGACUAUCGUCGUUCUGUCUUUUUUCCUGUGCUGGCUGCCGAACCAGGCGUUAACAGCGUGGGGAAUCUUAAUAAAACUCAAUGUAGUGCACUUCAGUUACGAGUAUUACACCACGCAAGUGUACAUUUUUCCAGUCACAGUGUGUUUGGCACAUUCAAACAGUUGUCUCAAUCCCAUUCUGUAUUGUUUGAUGAGAAGGGAAUUCAGAAAAGCGUUGAAGAAGCUGUUUUGGCAAAUCACUUCGCCUUCUGUGACGAACAUGAGACCGUUUACCGCCUCCACGAAGCCCGAGCAAGAUGAACACGGUCCCGCGCUCGUUCCGAUCAGUCCCGCUGAGCCCGCGCUUAUUUUUUAUCCUCCAGGGGCUGUCAUGUAUAAUGGCAGAAACGACCUUCUGCCUAACAGCACAUAAGGAGUUGUUGAUGAUAAUGAGACAUUUUUCAGACUCACACAAACUGGCUAAUAAUUCAUUAUUAUUUUUUUUUCUCAGCCAACAGAAAUAAUCAAAGAAACCAAUGCGUUGAGUGAAAGAGUUCCAGUCUGGAACACCAUUUGGAAUUGAAAGGGAGCCUCCCCAUUCAAAACACCACAAAAUUCCAUCAUUAAUUUCUCACCUUCAUAUAGUUCGAAACCCGUAAGACCUUUGUUCAUCUUUGGAACACAAAUUAAGAUAUUCUUGAUGAAAUCGGAGAGCUCUCUGACUCUCCAUAGUCAGGAACAGAACCUAAAUGUCCCCCGAUCAAAUGCCUUUGAUUAACUGAUCAUCAGCAAGUGUGAGCACCUCUGUAAAAGCAGAUUUUUUGGAAGUUUGCUGGUUCUUUUGGGUGUGUGUUAACAGGAUGCCAAAGAGGAAAGACAUCAGCAAUGAUCUUAGAGAAGCAGUUGUUGCUGCCAUCAGUCUGGGAAGAGUUCUGCACUCUAUGAGAAAAUCCCGAAGGAGAAUGUCCGGGAGUCAGUUUGUGAACUCAAGUUAAAGCACACUUGGGUUAUGAAGCAGGACAAUGAUCCCAAACACACCAGCAUUCAUGCUCGAAAACCCUCGGGGCUGAAUUAAAACAAUUCUGCAAAGAAGAGUGGGCCAAAAUCCUCCACAGCAAGUGAAAGACUUGUGGCCAGUUAUCGCGAGCUCUUGAUUGCAGUUGUUGCUGCCAGGGGUGGUUAGCAGACGUAGAGGGCAAUUACAUUUUCACAUAGUACCAGGCAGGUUUGGACAGCUUUUUUCCCUUAAUAAAUUAAAUAAUUAUUUCAAAAUGGCAUC